AAUACUUCUUUAACUACUAUGUUCUGCCUGUUAUCAUGUCAAGUGGACAAUAAUAACAGUAUACACGCUGCACUAUUAUAGUAUGACAAUGCAAGCUGACACUUCACUACUUCAUACUAUCACAUUUAUCAUGUGACACGACAAUGACGACAUUGUCAGUGGUAGUACAUGUAACAAUCCUGCACUAAUAUAAAAUAACUGGCACUAUAGUGUAUGACACAAUGACAAUGCAACUAGUUCAGCUGGAAUUCGUGAUAUCUUUUACAAAAAAUAUUAUGAUGGCUUUAACCCUGCUACUAGGACUCAUAUUACUUUGUACUGGGUUAGCAAGUGGUAUAGUGACUGGAUUUCAAUAUACUAAUGGAAGUGUGUGUGCUGGAGACAGAGUGGAGUGUAACUGUACAACAAGUGUUGGAGUAAUAGACUGGACCAUCAGUUAUAGAGUACUAGGAUCCAGUAACCAAAGCUGGAUACAUGUCAAAACUGUAAAUUUCAAUAAAGCUAGAAAUGGUUCUACUACAGAAUGUGAGGGAUACACUUUUACUUAUGAUCCUGAUGAUAACAGCUCAAGGCUGAUAUUUCAUUUGAAUGCAUCUGAGAGUAUUCUAAUUGUAUGUCAAGAUGGCCAUGAAGUGGACAAUGAAACUGCAAUAAUCACUGACAUAGGUUAUUAUGCAAGAGCACCAACAAACUUAACAACUGCCUUCAAUGCAAGUGGAGUUAUUUUAGAAUGGGAAGACACUGAGAAUAAUUGUACCUCCACAGAGUAUUAUGUGACUCUUAAUAGUACAUCAACUGAUGAAUUGAUGUAUAAUACAAGCAACACAACCUUACACAUUAAGCCAAGUGAUUUGUUGGAAAAUGUAACCUAUACAUACACUGUUAAGGGAAGGGCUGAAAAGCAAAGUACUAUCAGUAAACCAUUCACACUUGCUACUAUUAAAGUGAAGAAUGUUGCAGUAUGUACAGCUAAUACUACUGAUCCUUGUAAGAAUAAUAGUUGCUGUGCUAAUGUUACACUGAAUAUAACACUGGAAUCAUCAGAUCAUGCAGAUGUGAAACAUCCAAGUCAGUUCUAUAACAUAUCAUACAGUUCCAAUACUGGAGAAGUAUCAUAUUGUAUAACUGAUUAUGAUAAAACAAAAUGGACUGGAUCAGGGUUUAAUUACAAUGAGAGGUAUCACUUUACAAUCACACAAAUGAAUGAUUUUAUUGCAGGAGAGCAAAUAAAUAACAAUACAACGACUUCUGAAUAUUAUUGUCAAUCACGUGAAAAUGGUGGUUUACUAUGGAUAGGGAUUUCUGUAUUACUAAUCAUAAUAUUGUUCAUUAUUGUAAUACUGUUAGCCAUCAUUGUAUGCCAAUGUAAGUACAGGAGCCAGAGGAAAAGCUAAAAAUGUUUCCAGGGGCGGAGCUCUUACGCUAAUGCUAUUGCAUGCAAACAAUGAAGGCUAAUUAAAUAUAAUACAAAUUAUGUACAUUCAUGCACUUCCAAAUUCUGAUGUUACAUGUAAUUUCAGGCAUGUCUAUACUAUUAUUAUAAGUUAAUACAGAAUAAUUAUUAGUAUUA